CCCAACUAUAUAUAUGAAUACAACCAAAUCCCUUAUUCCUUAUUACAACUAGUUCUUUUCCCAAACUGAGAAAUUAGAUCAUGCCUAAUUUCUCUUAAAUUUUCCCCUUCCAAAUUACCAAAAGUUUUGGAUUUGGAUUCUGAAUUUCCCCAGAAGUUGGUUUGAUUUUGUUUUGUGGGAGAUCAAUUAAUAAUGGGGCUGAAAGACAUUGGAGCCACACUGCCCCCAGGGUUUAGGUUUUAUCCCAGUGAUGAAGAGUUGGUGUGUCAUUAUUUGUACAAAAAGAUCAUGAAUGAACAAGUUCUUAAGGGCACUCUUGUGGAGAUUGACCUACAUACAUGUGAGCCAUGGCAGCUUCCUGAGGCAGCAAAGCUGAAUAGCAACGAGUGGUACUUCUUCAGCUUCAGAGAUCGAAAAUAUGCCACAGGAUUUCGGACGAAUCGCGCGACGACAUGUGGAUACUGGAAAGCGACAGGGAAAGAUCGGACGGUGAUGGAGCCAUCAACGAGAGAGAUCGUAGGGAUGAGAAAAACAUUAGUGUUCUAUAGAAACAGAGCCCCCAAUGGGAUUAAGACUGGAUGGAUCAUGCACGAAUUUCGGCUGGAGGCCCCGCAUCGGCCCCCCAAGGAGGACUGGGUUUUGUGCAGAGUGUUUCAAAAGGGCAAGCAAGAAGAGCACAACACCAAACUCAGCCAUCAAUAUACGUUCGAAAACUCCGAGCGAGCUCCUUCUGUUAUCCGAGCUCCAUCUCCUCCUCUAACCGAUUUGAACCAGACCAACAUGCCUUGUGGCUACAAUGUCGACAUCGCUUCAUUAUCCUCGACCACUCCCCACCAGAGCCAUAGCCACACAGGCAGCUGUUCUUUUCUCCAUCUCCUUCAAUUUCCUCAAGAUCAGAAAGAUGACAAUCCCAAAGCUGAUCAACUUUUCUGCCCCAAAAAUGACUCUGAUUAUGGGGUUUUGUGGGACAUGGAUUUGGAAGAACAGACCUUUCAAGAUGGGGUUGGGUCGAACCUGGAUCAAAUGGCCUUCGACGUCGAUAGCAGCCUGGUUUUCCUCUGAAGUAUGUGUCUGGAGGCAGAUGAUCUUCUCCUAUUGCACAUCUCAAAAGGUUGUUUGUUGAUAUCUAGUUUGUAAAGUUUAUGAUGUUUGGAUUUUUAGGAAGAGUAUUGGGGCAUUGUUGUGUGCUUAGGGACAGACUUAGAUUUCAUUUUUUCUUUUAUAUCUUUGUUCUUGUUGUACAGCAAAUUAGUCAAAGCUGUAAUAAAGAAAUUUAGUUAGCUGCAUUACUGUGAAUGUAAUAAAAUUGUGGUUUUUGAUACCACACUAUAGAGUUUGUGAACA